AUGUUUUCCUCAAAACCUUCGACCGGUCUGUCCAUUAACACAGGUUCCGGCAGUUCCCUAUUUGGCGGUGCGAACACUCAGACCAGCUCCGCGACAACUCCGGGAACGACAAGCACAUCGGGCGGUCUCUUUGGAAAUACGCAGGCUAAACCCGCGGGUGGCCUUUUUGGAGGCGGAAAUACACAACAGACUUCUUCGACCGGCUCCAAUUUGUUUUCUGGGCUCGGCGGACAACAAAGCGGUACGACCGGCGGCGGUCUGUUUGGCUCUACGGCGAAUACAACCACGUCGCAGCCCCAGCAGUCUGGCGGUUUGUUCGGAGGGACGACGGGUGGAAGCACGACCACGCCACAGACGGGAGCUACUGGUGGGGGGCUUUUUGGCGGUGGCGGUGCGACGCAGACUCAGUCGAAACCUUUGUUUGGCGGGCUGGGAGGCUCUACUACAACCGGGGGGUCUCUAUUUGGUGGUGGACAGACCAAUACUCAACAACAACAGCAACAAGCCCAGAAACCCACGCUCACUCUCUUCGGAAACCAGAGUACUGCAACGCCGCAACAAGCUCAACAAUCUACCGCCACCAAUACGGUCGUGCCCGGUGUGAAGGUAGAUGUCAGCAACCUCUUACCGACGACCAAGUUUGAAAGCUGCGCCGAUGAGAUUAGGACUGUUCUGGAACAGUUUGACAAUCAUGUCCUCGCUCAGAUCAAGAUGUGCAAUGAGGUCGCAAGCAUGAUUCCCAGCAUUGCGAGCCAGGGAGAGACUAUCCCGAAUGACGUGGAGUUCGUCCAGGGCAAGUUGGAGACCAUGCAACACGCCUUGGAGAACGAUGCGGCCAACAUCGAUCAAGUUCGGAGCCUCGUGGCUCGCGACGCGGCCGAGGCCGAGGUGGCCUUCCGCGCGAUUGAUACUCUGAAAUUGCCUCUUCAGUACCAGUCGGCAGGAUGGACGGACCAGAAGAUGGAUCGGACUGUCCGGGCGGCUCGAAAGAACACCCUUGCUCUUCCUGAUGAUGUUGAGGGCGAUCAAUCCACAUCUGUCAAUGGCGUUCCCGUCAACCUGGUCGACUACUUCUCUCAGCGAUCUGACGAGAUGGGUGGUGUCUUGGAAACCUACACACGCAACUUGAAGGAAAUUGAAGACCACCUCCACGGCGUCGAAGCGACGCUAGACCGGCAGAUUCAUGAGUUUGUUGCCUCUCGCAGCCGUGAUAGCAGCACUGCUACGCCCAAGACGAUGUUGAACGAUUUGGCGGCGGUCCUCGGGGAUGUUGAAACGGGUAUCCUUGGGGUUGCCGGCCGCUUGGGCGCCGUCACAGAACAAGCCCAGGAAGUUGUUCUUGGACCGUUAUCUGCUGGUGAUGGUCGACUCAAUCUAUAG